AUGAUUAAAGUAUUCCUUGUGGAACGUCAGAAAAGAUCGUCAGAAGAUCGCCAUAAUGACAGAUGGGCUAAUAUUGACGAAUAUCCCUGGAUGGCUCAAUUGAUUUAUGAGAAUGCAACACAUCCCGUUUGUGAAGGGGCGUUGAUAAGUAAUUCAUUUGUCGUUACCGCUGCACACUGCUUAGCGGGAUCUAUGCUUCAGCAAGUAGGAGACUUAAAGUUUGUUCGUUUGGGUGAGUACGACGUGCAAAAUGAUCCGGACUGCAUCAUCAUAAAUGAUCAGUAUCUAGAAUGCACUGAUGGAAUAAUUGACGUGAGACCGAAAAGCAUCAUCGUUCACCCGGACUACCAAGCGCACAGUAGCAGUCAACACCAUGACAUUGGGCUGAUUGAAUUGAACCAUCCAGUCGAGUUCUCGUACUUCAUUCGCCACAUUUGCUUACCAACCGUGGACAGUGGGAUAAUGGGAACAAUAAUGUUUGAGAGUGGUUGGGGUCGACUAAAUCGGCUAGUUGAGGGGGAACUAACUAGUGUAUCAAUUCCUUUAAAAUUGAAAAAGAAACUUACUUAUAUUGACCACGACAAAUGCUCGAAAACUUACCGAUCGCUGCAAGUACAGCUUACCAGCGAUCAUUUAUGCGCAGCUGAUCGUCGAUCUAAAGAUUCAUAUAAUGGAAACAUUGGAUCACCACUGAUGCAGUUUGACAUGAAAAAAGUAGCUUGGGUUUUAACUGGAUUAAGAUGUACGCAACACUGCGAAAACUGUACCAAUCCGGGAAUAUACACGAAUGUCCACAAAUAUGUGCAGUGGAUAAAAACGAAUGCACAACUGCAAUAAAGUAUAUCAUCAAAAGCAUAAGUCGGUUUGGGAAUGGAUAACUACCUAUAUAAAGAAUGGCACUGAAUAUUGUGGACUUAGACAUAAACGGCUGUUUCUGUGCGACUAAGUUAAAAAAAGCAGCGUUUCAUAUAAUCAAAGUUGUUCUAAGUACAAUAGGCUUUCAGAUUUACGAUGAGAUGCACGCACAGUACUAUCAUGAUACUUUUCACUAUAAUGUUCCAAGAUUUUUUUUUUCAGUAAAUAAAGCUUUCUUAUUCGUUAAGUCAAAUGUGUUAACUUCCUUUUUGCAUUACUUGAUCGUAAAAGGACAACUUACACCACGUGAUAGUGAGCCAAAACAACAGAAAAGUGUUUCACAAUGUAGCACAUUAUGCAACACUUUCGGGUUGUAUAAUGAUAUGCCGAUGCAGUAAGGAGUCGUUCAUUAUAGCUAUUUAAGUAACGAGUUGAAAAAUGUUGAUUUUUACAGCACGAGUCGUACAUUUAUCCAACGAGGCUUA